AUAGAUGGACGAGAGACGCACUCGCGUUUUUAAAGGAGGGCUUUUAUUUACCACCUCCCCGCACCACGCCCCGGUGGCGGAGUCAGUUCGGCGCUGACAUCGGCGAAAUGCAACCGGCUCACUGCCUUUUCCCGCACAGAAUGGACGUCCUCGCGGAGGGGACACGGACUAAACCCGCUUGCACGCCGGGAUAUUGAACCUGUGUUGUUUUUACAUUUUUUUAAUUUUUUUUUUUUACUUCUUUUUAUUUUUUAUUUUCCCGAGUACAAGACGACCCUCACGACGAAGCCCACCUCCGCGGCCGCCCGUCGUGCGUUCCCCCCGCAUGGACGACGAGGAGGACGAUGUGUUUGAGCCGGACCCCGACUGCUGGCGCACCGCAUUCAGGGAGGUAAAGUGCCAGGACCGGGGCACGCAGACACCCGGCCCCGCCCCGGCACCCGACAACGGCAUGCUGCCCUGUGGGGUCGCGGAGGAGCCCAGACAACUCUUCUACGGCAACGCGGCUUUCCGACUGCACUUCCCGGCCAACUUCGAGCUCGUCGGGGAUCAGGAAGCGCGGCCGCGAGGGGCCGGAGGGCAGCGCGGCGGGAUGGAGCGGCCGCCGCGCCAGCAGCCCGCGGGCCGCAGCGUGGAGGCGUGCAUCGGCCAGAAGCUCCAGCUGAUCGGAGACCAGUUCCACCGGCAACACCUGCAACUGUAUCACCGAAACCAAAGGAACCGGGGCGGCGCGUGGUGGCGCCUGGCCGUGGCUCUGCUCAGCGCUCUGUUCGACAGGGGCUUCGUCGCUCGGGGAGGUGGAGCAGGACGGAGGUGAGGGGAGGGAGGGGAGGGGAGGCGGGAGUGGUUGGGGGGGUUUUUGUCUCCCCAUCGCUCUCUCUGAGGAACUGGACUCCGAAUGGCACUGUCAAAUUUAACACGGGUCUGUUUUGGGGGAGAAAAGACAGGAGACAAACGGUCACCGCGGGACGGAGACGACCAUCUUUUAUACACGGUUUUGUUUUUUUUCUUUUCCGAGAAGAUGCCACGAUGCGCCGAGAUUCCCCCAUGUUCAUAUUUUGGUAUACGUGUGGUGUAGUAGUAGUUUGUACAGUACAUUUUUUGCACUUCCGACAUGUAUCCAUCUUUAUCGACCUCCGCUGACCCCGGGAAUGCCUUAUUCAGUGUCUUCUGCCGAAUGAGUAUUGAGCAAUUCAGAGACGAGGCGAGACGAGGAAAGGAAAUGUGGCGCGAGGAUUCAUUUUUCUGAAGUCUCCCAGGCGACCAGACAAGUUGAUUUACUAUUUUCCCAAAGAGGCAACUUCUCAGAACAAAGCAUUUUGCACGUCACCUCAAUGGAACCUUUUAUAUUUCUUUAUUUUGCUUCAUGUUUCUGCUUUGUUACUCCUUUUCUUUGGUAUGGUAUCAUUAUCAAUUUGAUGCAUCGUCAACAGUGAAAAUGAAUGAAUAUCUCAAGGUGUAAACAGUAGUAAUCAAAAUGAAGUUGGUGAUUAUGCAACUCCCCUCUGACGUUAUGUCACUGUCAUUAUUGUUGACAUGAUGACAUUGAGAGAUGCGUCAGCGGGUCCAACGCCUGUUGCUGUACUUCAUUACAGACCGCUUUGACUUCAGGACGUGUUUUCAGAUGUCUGACACCCGUCCACCAAAUCACAACAUCAAAGCAAAGUGCAUUGGGUCCAAAUUCCAACAGGGACGAUUUUAUUUACAAUCUCAGUGAAAAGACCAGAUGCUAAUUCCUCCGUUCAACUUCCCCCGCCUCUUGUUUUCCAAGUGUACUUUUCAUGUGAUUGUUUUCAGACCUCCAUGCCCUUGAAGUGGAGCUGUGGAUCCACUGUUUUUGCACUAGCCGUACACCCUUCCAGGGUUCAGACUGUUACCGCGCUAACCUCUGUCCCGCGUGAAGGUUUUCACUUACGGCUUGUUUUGUUUCACCACACGCGUUUUUUUUCUUUUUAGAUUUAUUCACUCUCAUGUCCAAAGCAAAUAAUCAAAUCUGGAGGCCUAUUUGCAGUCUGGGAUUUGGAUUCUAGAACGACAGAGUUGCAAUAGAGCCGCACACACACACACACACACACACACACAAAGGUGUCUAUCCUGUUUUCACAGCCGGUGUGUUUUGUGAACACCGAACAAAACUGCACAAUCAGUCAGUGAAACAGAUCGUCUCAGGCUGCCUUCGUCAGGUUUUUACGUCGUUUUGUAUUCUGUCGGGUGAUCUCGCGUCGCCUUCGGUGCUCAGAUCCAGAUUCGGGACAUAUUCUUAGUAGACAAAACCACUCGGCUCACAACAAAAUGGUAAAAAAAAAAAAAAAGAAGAAAAAAAAAAAGACUUAACUAUUGUUGAAAUAUGAAUAUGUUUAAAGACACUGUUGAAGAUGCUGUUUGUUAUAUUUCCCGUGGCUGAAGCCGAGCUGUGGACCCCCGGGAGCAGAAGACAUCGGGGGUCCGUGGUCACGACGUGUCAAGUUUAUCACUGCGUAAUUGGGGUUUCCUCUCAUUCUAUUAAAGAUUUCUCAGGGACAGACUUUGUCGGGUACUGGUGACCUCGAGAAUCUGCCGUGGUUAGAAGGAGAGCAGCGCUUUCACCCAUUCUCUUUAAAUUUUUUUACGACGACGUCUGUCGAGGCGUUUUGUCAGUUCUUUCAUUUUUCCCAUCAGAUUAAAAUAAAAAAC